UGUGUGUGUGUGUUCCAACUCAACCUCAUUCCUCCACUGAAACCGUCUCCUGUACGCAUGGGACACACACGUAUUUCGAUCAAAGAGGAGAAGAAACACCCAACGUAUAAAAGUGUUUAGAUAAGUUUUAGUUGAUGGUGUAUUUUCUUCACAUACAGGAUGAGAGGCUGAAGGAGACACUCGCUGGAUUUAACUUACUUGACUAAACAGGCUUUUGUAGUUCCGGUGGAUAUUUUAGCAAACAAUGGAUCAGGAGGACAAGAUAGACUUUAAAGCUGUAAGGGCCAAGUUCCAGGAGGAGGAACUCCUCAUAAAGCAACCCAAGAUCAAACCUGCUCUCCCAGAGAAACCAAAGGUCGUCCCUCCUCCUCAGAGCCCCCCUCAUUACCUCCCUGCAGGAGCGCGCCCCUCCCUGCUCACCUCCAUCAACCAGAGCUUGGAAGGAAAAACACUGAUUGCCCCAAGAGUGGUCUUCAAGGAUGAGAAGAAGGAGAGCAAAAAGCCUCUGAUCCAGACUAACUCCAAGGGGAAAGACAAGACAAACGGAAGCAAAGAGAAGCUUAAUGAUGAUUCAUCAGAUCAGAAGCAGAAGAAAGAGACUGGUAAAGACAAGAGGUUUUCACUACUGCUGCCUGGAGCACAGAAGGAGAGCACAGCAGAGCUGGUACCAGUCACACCUCCACCUAAGGCCACAACACCAAAGAAGAAGGGUUUCCUUGGUUUCAAGAAGUCAUCAAAAAGAGAUUCAGUGGAGGCACCAGCUGACCACAUCCUAGACUUGCCCAGCUCAGAUAUCUCUGGACCAGCUCCACUUAUCCCAGUACCCUCUGACUUUGCUGACACAGGACUAGAACCUAGAGAAACCUCUGCACCAAAGGCCCUUCUGCCAAACAUCCCAACCCUACCUGACCCCAGUGCUACUAUGGAAGUCACCCCACCCUCCCUUAUCCCUGCCUCUUCCGACUACACCCCACCUCCCGCCUUUAUUCCUGAAAUCCAAGCCCCAGAGAGUGAAACCCCACUUGAGAUAGAAACUCCUGCCCUGUCCAUUUCCAGACCUGCCAGCCAAAACGAAAUCAUUCCCAGUCCACCCAGUGCCAUCCCUACCCCUCCACCCAGUCGUGCUAUCUCUGGUCCUUCAGUCGUUGCCUCCAGUCCAUCCCCAUCACUUCCUGAGCCUGAGAUUACAGGUGAGGCUGGUAUAGAGGCUGUGAAUAUAGUUGCAGUGGAGAAGCCUUCUCCUCCAGUCACUGACUCUUCAUCCAUCCCACCAUCAUCUCCCAAAGCUGAGCGUUCUAUCUCAGCACUCUCAGCCCUGGAGAGGGCAGAGGACAUGAGCCCUGGGAAACGGACCUCCCCGGCUGACCAGAGAAUUUUGAAUGCUCUGGAGAAAGCACGCAAGAAGACCAUGAGCCCGCAGACAAACCCCACCACAUCUUACUCCAUCACCCCUCCACCUGAGGAGCUUCCCCCUCCUCAGAGCCCCACCCACUCUUUCCCAGAGCUCCCACCCAUUGAUUAUGAGGAUCGGGCAGGGAAGGCCCUCUCACCGAAACCAGAGCAAGUGAACGACAUUGACCACAUGUCGGAGGGCAUCAAUGAAGAGGGGUCUGAUGCUAUCCCAGAGCUGUUGGUGGUCCCCCCUCCUCCACCCAGGAUGGUCCUCCCAGAUCCAGAGUUUCUGGGUCCUGCCCUAGAGAAACCUGCCAGACCUCCCUCUGUCAACCUGAAUGAAUUCAUCCCUCCUCCUCAAGUGGAAGAUAAUGAGGUCAGUGUCCCUCACGAGUUCUCAGAGACAGACACUACAGAUAUUCCAGAGUUUGACGAUGUGGCUUCAGAUGCUCACUCUCCAGAGCUGCAGGUGUCAGAAUGGGGAAAUGAGGAUUACACUGGUCCGAAUACUCCAGAUGGUCAGAACCUUCCAGAGUUUCACAGCAAUGGGAUAACUGCUCCAGGAGCUGAAGUCCACAUGGCCCAUGUGAUUGGAGAUGAAUACCAAGAUAAUCCACAACCAGAAUCUUCUUUCCCUCUCUCUCAAGAGUCUCCGCCAAUGGCAGGGCCUGAAGCUAAGGUUGGCAACGGUAUCUAUGACUCUGCAGAUAAUGUCUAUGAGGACGUCACCACGUCUUCUACCAAAAAGAAAGGAAAGAGUGACGGUGGCAAGAAACGCAAAGGACCACCAAAGAAUCCAUAUGCUGAGGCAGCACAGGAAACUAAAGAAGAGAAAAGCAAGACGGGCAGGUUCAGCAAGAGCGACAAAAAAGCAACCGCAGAGGGGCCGGAUGAGAAAGAGCUGAAAAAGAAGGAGAAGCAACGUUUGGAAAAGGAGAAGAAAGAGCUUAAGGAGAAACAGGAACGGGAAAAGAAAGAGCAGAAGGAGAGGGAAAAGAAGGAGAAUGAGAUGAAGAAGAAAUUCAAAAUCACAGGACAGGAGGAUGCCAUGUACCAGGCAACAGUAACUGUAACGACAAAAGGACGCAAGAACGAUCUGCCUGUCAAGAGUGGCGACACGGUCAGCAUCAUCCGAACAACCAACUGCCCCAAAGGAAAAUGGCUGGCCAGAGACAGCAGCAACAACUAUGGGUAUGUUGCUGUGGAUCAUGUGAAGCUUGACAUCAAGGAGAUGAUGGAACUGGGGAAGAAGGCUGCAACCACCCGCAAGACCAGCAACAAUGUCGCUGAGGGGGAGGUCACCAGCACAGGGAGCAGGGCAUCAAAUCACUAUCCACUAUCAGCAGAAAGUUUCACAGAUGACAGUGAAGAGUGGACCGGUGAUGAGGAUGACACCCUUUCCCCUGCCCGUGAAAUUGCAGAUCCACUGGCUCCAAUGGGGCACACCAGGACACUCUCCAUGCCAGACAUGGGAAACAAAGGCCUCAGCAUAAACCACCAGCACAGUCACAGUGACAUCAGUGCAGACGGCUCCCAUGUCCAAGCAAGACAUGAAGCACUUCAGAAACUGGCAACGUUCUUCCAUUCACCAAAACCUGUGGAGCCAGCUUCCAGUAGCACUGAACUGGAGACAAAUCCUGUGCAAGUGACAGAAGAAGCAGUUCACUUACCUGAGGGUAGUGCAACACAGGAAGUGGACUUUGAUCAUCCUGAGAUGCUCAUUUUACCUCCUCCUGAUCUGUACGCUGACUUGACCAUCGAGUAAUUAUCAGUAAAAAGGACAACAAAAAGAAACCAGACAGGAAUCAGGAUUUUUUCUGUUAUUCUUCAGACUGUGACCACGUCAGUUAGGAAUACUGUGACAGUAACUUCAUCCUCUUGACUAUAACCUUAUUUACCUGAUGACCACGUGUAAUGGAUCUGUAUGAUGAUGAAGAACAGGAAAUGGGGAUUUUUUUGACAAUUGAUCUCUCAGCAACUGGAAGUCUUUCUGUGCUGUUUGUGUUUUUUGAGACACUCAGUGUGAAAGCCCUGAGGGACGGUUUGGCUGAGUGACUCUGAAUUUAGGAUUAAAGUGGACUGCUGAUCCUGUGGAAGGACCUAGAAAUUGUUGCAGACACACACAGGCUUUCUGAGUACUGUGUCCGUGGAGGUGCUUGAAGGGGAAAUUACACACUCUUCAUAAGCAAAUACCAGAAAGCCAAAACUAUUUAAAGGAGCUAUUUGUAAGUUAUGCAGUCACUACAUAGCCAACAUUAGCAGUACCAGCUGUUUACUCUACCAGUCUAGACGAAAUGUUGCAUCAAAAAAGUUUAGCAUCAAACUUCCUUCCUUUACUCGCCAAGAACUGUUUCCAGUAGUGGAAAGCAAUGGCAAUGUUUUGCUUCUAGUGAAGUUAGCAUUCUAACCAGCUAGCCCCAGCCUGUCUUGUCACUGUCAAAUAGUGACUCACUGUGGCAUCCAGACUGCCCUGAAGAAGUAGUGCUAAUCAGAGGGCAUAUUAUAACCUCUUAUAAAUGCAACAGUGGCUGAAGCUCUUGGCAGGUGACCAUCACCACCACCUGCUCCUGAAUAGAAACCAUGUUUGGCUUCAGAGAAAACUUACAGAUAGCCCCUUUAAAGUGGUCAAAAUAAGGGGAAGACGGUGGUAAAUGUAGAUUUUUCUUAGUCCACUGCAUUUUUAAUGUCAAUACACCACCUUGAGGAAAAACACAUGAGAUGAGUCCUGCAGUGAAAAACAGGUAGAACUCGUUCACUUAUCAUUUUUACCUGAUAAUCAGUGAUCCUUUUUCCACCAGGUUGUUCAUCAGGAUCAAAUAAUAAUCCACAGCUCAGGGUUGGAACACAGUUCAACCCAGCAAGUUAUCAGUGUCUGAAUAUUUCUAAUAUAUCUUAGUCUACAUACAGCAGUGUCAAGGAAUGGAUGAAAUUAGCAUCCUCUGCACAUAUUACCAGUUUAGUGUUGGCAGCAAAGGAGUAAAUGGCAAUAUAGCUAAAUAAACUUACAAAGAUUUAGUAAUGUUCAAGUUUGGUUAUCAGCAAUAAUUAAACCCCACAAGUAAUAUGAUCUACUUUCAUUAAUUCCACACUGUGUCCUCGUCUACAUCUGUAGGACUGAUUAACACAGACCACCCUCAUUUACUUUCAAGUAUUCAUAUUAUUGUUCUUUUUUUGUACAUGAAUCUCUUUUUCUACUUUGUAAUUUUAUUUUUUCUCUCAUUAUUUUGUGAACACAUAUUAUGGAUUAUGGAAAUGCUUCUGUAUGAGUUUUAUAUAAUAAUUAUCUUCAAUGGCAUACAAAUAAACAGCAUUGUGGAGCGUAAUCUAGAAUAUACAACUAAUAAAUUCUGCUGGUACCAAUUA